GCAUGUUUAGUAUUCACGGGGCCGAGAGAGAGAGAGAGAUAAUAAAUAAGUUUGCUGCAGCAGAUCACAGGAUUUCCACCUUCACUCAUGGCUCUCUGCAAAGUCGUCUGUGUGGCGACGCUGCUCAGCCUCCUGACGCCAGAGUCUCGCUCACAACUCGCUGAUUGUGGUCGGCCUCCUCUGAACACCAGGAUCGUUGGGGGGCAGGUGGCCCCUGAGGGCAGCUGGCCCUGGCAGGUCAGUAUACACAGAUCUGGUAGUCACUUCUGUGGAGGAUCGCUCAUUAACAAAGAAUGGGUGCUGACAGCUGCUCACUGCUUCCCCAGCUCCAGCACAAACAACCUGGUCGUGUACCUGGGACGUCAGAGACAAGAAGGUCCAACUGGCAAGGUGUCCACGCAAGUCAAGGUCAUCAAGCAUCCCAGCUACAACUCAUUUACCAAUGACAACGACAUCUCCCUCCUGAAGCUCUCCUCACCCGUCACCUUCACCGACUACAUCCGGCCCGUCUGCCUCGCCGCCCCCGACAGCGUCUUCCACAGUGGUACCGACUCCUGGGUCACUGGCUGGGGCAGAAUCGGGUCAGGAGUUCCACUUCCUUCCCCAAAGAACCUGAUGGAGGUGGAGGUGCCGGUGGUGGGGAACAGACGGUGUAACUGUGACUACGGCGUGGGUAAAAUCACAGACAACAUGAUCUGUGCCGGGUUACGAGCCGGAGGGAAGGACUCGUGUCAGGGAGACUCCGGCGGCCCGAUGGUGAGCAAGCAGAACAGCCGCUGGAUCCAGGAGGGCGUGGUGAGUUUUGGAGAAGGUUGUGCGUUGCCUAAUUUCCCAGGAGUCUACACCCGAGUGUCCCGCUAUCAGGCAUGGAUCAACAGCCACGUCACCACCAACCAGCCGGGCUACGUCACCUUCUCCUCCAGUGGGACUGACAGCGACCUGAGCGUCACCUGUCCAGGUCUCCCACCCACCAUCGUCCUGCCUCCCACCAACACCACCACCACCACCCCCCCCACGACCACAGCCCAACCUGUGGUCUGCGGCCGAGCCCCCUUGAAUACUCGGAUCUUGGGGGGGAGCUCAGUGGUGACGGCUGGCGUGUGGCCGUGGAUGGCGAGUCUGCAGAAGAAUGGAAGUCACGUGUGUGGCGGGACACUGGUGGCCGUGGACGCUGUGCUGAGUCAGGCCAACUGUUUUUCAAGUUCACCCGCAGCGUCUGAGUGGACCGUCGUCCUGGGUCGUCUGAAACAGAAAGGGUCGAAUCCCUUUGAGGUGACGCUGAGCGUGACAAACAUCACCCUGAGCAACCUGACCGGCUCCAAUGUGGCGGUGCUGCAUCUGGAAUCCCGACCGACGCUGUCCGACUACAUCCAGCCCCUCUGCCUGGACACUGGGCGGAGCUUCAGUGAGGGCUCCACGUGCUGGGCUUCCGGCUGGAGCUCUGGACGAGGGGGGGAGGAACAAGUUCUGCAGGAGGUCCAGACGUCGGUGUCCGACUGCGGCAACGCGUCCGGGACGGACAGCUUCUGUACAGGAAGUCUGAACCUGGAGAAGGGGGCCUCUGGGGGCCCGCUGAUGUGUAAGCAGGACGGCUCUUGGUUCCAGGCGGCCGUGUUAUCAGCUGAAAGCUCCACCAGAAAAACACGAGCGGUAACUGUGACCGUCUUCCCCAAACUGGACAAGUACAACACAUUCCUCUCUGAGAACUUGGGGAAGUUGUUGUCUCCGGCCUCCAGCAGCAGCAGCACCACCUCCACCUCCAUCCUGACCAACAGCAGCGGGGCCCUCACUCACUUCCUCCUCCACCUCGUCCUCCUCUCACUGAGUCUCCAGCUCUUCUUAUAGAAACCUCCAGCUUGAUCUGUGAUUAGUGAUGAUGUGACUGACACGUGAAUGUAAAGAAGGAAUCUGUGACUCGACUCCAGCACGAGGAGCAGAUUGUGUUCGGCACUUUUCCUUUGAGAACUCGCCGCAGACUCAACACUCGACAAACGGAUAAAUGAUGAUGAUCUUCCAGAAACUUUAAAGGAGACAUAUUCUAUUCAUCUCCACCACUUUGAGCUCCUGUCUGAAGAACAGGGGGGGGGGGGGUUCUCCUUUUAUCACAGACUUUUGAACUUUGCAGAACUUCUACAUUCAUGGUUUAAAAGAGUAGAGGAAAGAAACAGUGAAGAAACAUGAUAUGUCUCCUUUAAUGUUUGAAUUUACAGUCUUAUAUGAAAUGUGUUGAGAUGAAGAAUUGUUUAAGCUGCACUAAACAUGAUACUGUGAAGCCUCUCGUUCCAGAAUCUCAUGGUUCUGCACCUGUUUUUACCUUUUUUUAAUCAGUUAAAUAACAAUCAUAUAAUCUUUUGUGUCAAAUUCUGAAUACUGAAGAUGAUUGAAUCUUUUUUUAAAUACUGUGUGAUUCAGUGAUUCAUUGCUCACAUGCAGAGCGAUGGUUCUUAUUGAUUACGCUGCAGAUGGAGUUCAACUCAUCCCCUGUGGUUCGUGAACUGAUGAAAAGAAAACUGUCAACAGUCCACUACCUCGCGUCCUCCCCCAGCUGCAGGGGGGGGGGGGUGUCUGACUGGACACUGAUGAACAACUUGAAGUCAAAUCUUUCCAUGAAAUAAAACUGCAGUGAAUCUGAA